CAGACAAACGUCAAACUCAACUUUGUGUUUUGUGCACGAAACACGAAUUAUUAACCUUAGUAGUAGUUUUUUGUACCUAAUUAAAUGAAUAAGAUAAUUAAUGCACAAUUGUAGUUCAAAAUAAAAUAUUAAUAAACAAUAUUCAAAGAUGGCAAAAGAAGUUUAAGCAUCCGUAAGUCUCGAUCAUUUUUUAAAAAUGGAUCAACCCGAUUCUGAAACUACAAAUUCAUCCAUAGAUGAAAACACGGAGAAUUUUUGUGAUUAUCCAACUCGAGAUACACUUUCUGAAGGUUUGAUGGGAAUUUUUAAACCAGCUAUAGAUCAGUUAGAAGAACGAGUUCAAGCAACAAAAGCAUCACAAGUAGCAUUGAAAACCCAGAUUGAAGAAGUAUCUAAUGAAGUAACUAAAAUACUAGCCAAUAGAAAACCACCCUUAGAAUUGGAUGAUUAUUUAAAAAAACUUAUGAAUACAAAGAAUAAAAUUACAGUUGUAACCAAUGUUUUACAAGCUACCCAGGAGCGCUUAAACAAAAUUCAUGCAUCUAUAGAAAAGGAAACUGUAAGAAGAGAAAGUCUUUUGAAUACAAGCAUAAAUACACCUUCGACAAGUGGGACUCAAGCCAAUUUAAUUUAGCAUAACAAAACAAUUGUUACUAAUUA